AUGGCGCAGAGGAAUCGGAGUGCUCAGAGCCUAUUCCCAGGAAUGGCUGGUAAUAGCAGCAUCCAGUUCAUGGGCCUCCAGCUCCUUCAUUGCUACAAGCCACUCAUCAUCCCCUGCUACUCCCUGGUCGUCUUCAUUGGUAUCAUCGGAAAUUAUCUUCUCAUCUAUGUCAUCUGCAAGACCAAGAAGAUGCACAACGUCACCAACUUCUUAGUGGGCAACCUGGCCUUUUCUGACAUGCUGAUGUGUGCCACCUGUGUGCCCCUCACUUUAGCCUAUGCCUUUGAGCCCCGGGGAUGGGUGUUUGGGCACUUCAUGUGCUAUUUUGUGUACCUGAUGCAGCCCGUGACAGUGUACGUCUCUGUCUUCACCUUGACAGUGAUAUCAGUGGACAGGUAUCAUGCCACUGUCUACCCACUGAGGAGAAGACUCACUAUCCCCACCUGUGCCUACAUCUUGGCUGCAAUUUGGCUGGUAAGUUGUCUGAUGGCCACCCCAGCUUUGGUUCACACAUACCAUGUCGAGUUCCCGGAUCUAGACUUCUCCAUCUGUGAAGAGUUUUGGUUUGGGAUGGAGAAGAAACGUCUUGCAUAUGCAUACAGCACACUCAUUCUCACCUAUGCUCUACCUCUUAUUGUCAUCUCCUUGUCUUAUUUGAGGAUCUCCGUCAAACUGAAGAACCGGGUGGUCCCUGGGAACAUCACCUACAUCCAGGCAGAGUGGGACCGAGCACGAAGGAGAAAAACAUUCCGUCUUUUGGUGCUGGUGGUUGGGGCCUUCGGGGUCUGUUGGCUGCCUUUACAUAUAUUUAAUAUUAUGAAAGAUAUUGACAUUGACCUCAUUGACAAGCAGUACUUCAACCUAGUACAACUCCUGUGUCACUGGUUUGCCAUGAUGUCUGCAUGUACCAACUCCUUUCUUUAUGCCUGGCUGCAUGACAGCUUUAGAGGGGCACUUAAGAAGAUGUUUCUGUGGAGGAAACGAAGGAUUAGACCCUCUGCUCCUUGUGUACUGAGUGUGGUCCUGUAA